AUGGCAAUCCUCGACACCUUCAUUCCGCACCUCGUGCACCUCGCUGCCCGGCAAGCCGACGAUGACAAUGCCAACAACACCAACCAACCCGGCAACAAGAGUCCUGAGCAAUUCGCGAGUCAGGGCCGAUACAACUAUCCUCCAUCCUUCGCCGCAGCGGUGAUCUUCCUGAUCUUCUUCAGCGCGGUCCUGUUGGCGAACGUGGCGCAGUUCUUCUGGCACCGGGCCUGGUUCUGGUGGGUGAUGAUAUUCGCGGUGUCAUUAGAAUUUGUCGGCUACCUGACGCGCGCCAUGUCAAUCCACAAUCUCGACAGCCGCGGCCUCUUCAUCAUCCAGACGGUCGUCAUCCUCGUGGCCCCCGCCGUCAUGGCCGCGGCAUGCUACAUGGCCUUUGGCCGGAUCGUGCUGUGGGUGGUGCCGCCACGCUUCCAGACGGCGCGGCACCUGUGGGUCCCCGCGCGCCGCAUCACGCCCAUCUUCGUAGGGUCCGACGUCUUCAGCUUCUUCGUGCAAGUCAUCGGCGGCGCGAUGGUCGCGGCGGCCAACGACCGCGACAGCGCCGACCGGGGCAAGAACAUCGUCAUGAUCGGCCUGGCGCUACAACUCGCCGCGUUUGGAUUUUUCGUGGUUGCGAGUUUCCGGCUCAACGUUUUGCUGCGGCGAGGCAUGCGCGACGUCUCACUACCGAAAGAGCGCAACUGGGAGCUGUUUUUGAGCGUGAUCAACGUGGCCAACCUUUUGAUUCUGAUCCGGACGAUCUUGCGGUUUGUGGAAUUCGCGCUCGGCACCACGAAUUACCUGAUCGACCACGAGUGGUUCUUCUACGCGUUCGACUCGGCACUCAUGCUCCUGGUGGCCGCGCUGUUCGUCGUCGUCCACCCGGGCCAUUACUUGCCGUAUCUGGGCAUCCGGCGGCGCGAGAUGCAGUUCUCGAAGAAUGCCGACGCCGGGCCGUUUGCCAGGCUUGCAAAGGGCCGCAUGAACGUGGAGUUGAUGUGA